AUGUAUAUUCCACAGUACACUGCUGCUGGGAUCCUCAAUAACCAGAUCGGAAUUGAGGGUCUCCAAUUCGUCGAGCGUUUGCCCCUUCCAGCCAUUAAAGAAGAUGAAGUCCUGGUAAAGAUCCACGCCGCGUCACUUAACUAUAGCGACUUGAUGAUCGCAGCGCAAGAUCACGCCCAGGGCGGCCCUGGACUGACAAUGGGCAAAAAGAGACUUGUUCUUGGAUCGGAUGGAGCUGGCGUGGUCGGAGCUGAUUCAAAGUCACUUCUUUUCACCUGGGACACAGAGGCCGAUCUACCUGGGGUUGAUGAUGUGGGUGCAUGCCUUGGUCAGACUGUGGACGGAACACUCCGGCAAUAUGGCGUCUUCCACGAAAAAUCUCUGGUCAGCAUGCCUUCCAACCUCACCUUUCUGGAGGCUGCCACAUUGUCAUGCUCUGGCCUGACAGCAUGGAAUGCCCUCUUUGGGCUUGAAGGCACGUUGCCAAGGACUGGGGGCACGAUUGUGGUGCAGGGCGCUGGCGGUGCGUCGAUUGCUGCUUUACAGUUCUCACUUGCCGCAGGGGCCACUGUAAUUGCGACCACCAGUACGGAAGAAAAGGCAAGCAAGCUGAAAGCCCUGGGCGCACACCAUGUGGUCAACUAUCGAGAAACACCUGAUUGGAGUGAACGUGUUAAGGCCCUCACACCAAAUGGCAAAGGCGCUGACAUAGUUGUGGACGUCGGUGGAGCUUCUACCCUUCGACAGUCAAUGGAAGCCGUUCGCCGCGACGGAUUGAUUGCAGCCACAGGAGUUUUCGGACAGGCACCAGACGGCAGGGUCUCAUCGCUACUGGACUGUAUAUUCUGUUACUGCACUGUCCGUGGUUUCUUCCUAGGUUCCAGAAAACAGUUUGGCAACAUGAAUCGUUUUAUUGAGACACAUGACAUCAAGCCUGUCUUGGACCAGAAAACAUUUGAAAUGGCUUCAGUAAAGGAAGCAUUCACCUUUCUGCAAGAACAGAAGCACUUCUCGAAAAUUGGUAUCUCGCCUUAUUAG